CCGGCCCGGCCGGGGGCGGGCGGGAAGGUGGCGCCUCGGGCGGGGGCCGGUCCCUGCACCAGGUGACCUGUUCCGGCCCGGAUCCGGGCGGCCUCGCCAUGCAGCGGCGCGACACGGGGUGCGGGUGGCCACGGCAGCAGCGGCAGCAGCCACCCCCACCGCCCGCGGUCGGCUCCCGGGCCGCAGCCAUGGCCCCCCUGAGCGGCGGCGCGCUCCCGGGCCUCGGCGGCCGCCCUGCCUGCGCGCUGCUCCUGCUCUGCUACCUGAAUUUUGUGCCGUCUUUGGGUAGGCAGACUUCCCUGACUACGUCGGUGAUACCCAGAGCUGACCAGAGCAUGGCUUACAAAGACUUUAUUUAUUUUACCAUCUUUGAAGGAAAUGUUCGCAACGUUUCUCAAGUCUCGGUUGAGUAUUUAUGCUCUCAGCCUUGUGUUGUCAAUUUGGAAGCAGUCGUCUCAUCUGAGUUCAGAAGUAGUAUUCCCGUGUAUAAAAAAAGGUGGAAGAAUGAGAAGCAUCUUCACACCAGCAGGACACAAAUAGUGCAUGUGAAAUUUCCGAGCAUCAUGGUUUACAGAGAUGACUAUUUCAUCAGACACUCCAUUUCGGUGUCGGCGGUGUUACUCCGCGCCUGGAUUAUUCACAAAUUUAGUGGUGAAGAGUUGAAUGUUAAAUGGGAGGAAAACUUGCUGCGUGCUGUAGCAAAGAAUUACACUCUGCUGAAGACAGUCCCGCCUUUUGAGCGCCCCUUCAAAGAUCAUCGAGUGUGCCUUGAGUGGAACAUGGCUUAUAUUUGGAAACUUCAGGCAAACAGGAUUCCCCAGUGUCCUCUUGAAAAUGAUGUGGUCACCCUCCUGGGCUUUCUCUAUGCCUCCAGUGGGGAAAACACAGGCAUUGUGAAGAAGUUCCUAAGGUUUCACAACAGAGAGCUGGAGGCUACACGACGCCAAAGGACGGACUACCCAGUGUUUACGGUUUCAUUGUGGCUUUAUUUACUCCAUUAUUGCAAAGCCAAUCUCUGUGGGAUUCUGUACUUCGUUGAUUCUGAUGAGAUGUAUGGCACACCUUCUAUAUUUCUUACUGAGGAGGGCCACUUGCAUAUUCAAAUGCAUCUUGUCAAAGGAGAAGACCUUGCUGUGAAAACUAAAUUCAUCAUACCUUUGAAGGAGUGGUUGCGACUGGAUAUAUCUUUUAAUGGAGGCCAGAUUGUAGUUACUACCAGCAUUGGAUAUGAUUUGAAAAGCUACCAUAAUCAGACCAUUAGCUUCCAGGAGGAUUUCCAUUAUAAUGACACAGCUGGGUACUUCAUUAUCGGAGGGAGCAGGUAUGUGGCUGGCAUUGAAGGGUUUUUUGGACCUCUGAAGUACUUUCGCCUCCGCACCCUGGACCCUGAGCAGAUUUUUAAUCCCUUCCUUGAGAUGCAGCUUGCUGAACAAAUCAAGUUAUAUUAUGAAAGUUGUGCUGAGGUUCAAGAAAUAGUGGCUGCGUAUGUCUCCACGGUACAGCAAGGUGGUGAGAGACAAGAAGCAUGUGACCUCCACAACUCCUACCUGGACCUGAAGCACAGGUAUGGGAGACCCUCGACGUGCAGAGCCUUCACCUGGGAGAAGGAGCUGAGAGACAAACACCCCAGCUUGUUCCAGGCCUUGCAGGAGAUGGAUUUGUUGACUGUGCCGAGAAACCAGAAUGAAUCCGUGCUAGAAAUCGGUGGGAGGAUAUUUGAAAAGGCCUUAAAGAGACUCUCUGGCGUUGAAGGUCUUCUCCAAAUUAGCUCUGCUCUCCCCUUUCUGAGGUACUCCAGCUGCUGUGGAUACCAUAAGGCAUCCUACUACCUCUCAGUCUUUUCUGAAACUGGAUUAAGUGUACCCCGGGAUCAGCUACAGGGCAUGUUGUAUAGUUUGGUCGGAGGCCAGGGCAGCGAGAGGCUCUCGUCAAUGAAUCUUGGGUACAAGCACUACCAGGGUGUUGACAGCUACCCCCUGGACUGGGAGCUGUCUUAUGCCUACUACAGCAACAUUGCCAUGAAGACGCCCCUUGACCAGCACACACUCCAAGGAGAUCAGGCAUAUGUUGAAACAAUUAGACUAAAAGAUGAUGAAACACUCAAGGUACAAACCAAAGAAGAUGGAGAUGUCUUUAUGUGGUUGAAGCACGAAGCUACCCGAGGCAAUGCAGCCGCUCAGCAACGAUUGGCCCAGAUGCUGUUCUGGGGACAGCAAGGUGUGACCAAGAAUCCUGAGGCCGCGAUUGAGUGGUACGCCAAAGGCGCCCUGGAGACGGAAGAUCCCGUGUUAAUAUAUGACUAUGCCAUUGUGUUAUUCAAGGGUCAAGGAGUGAAAAGAAACAGACGGCUUGCUUUAGAGCUGAUGAAGAAAGCAGCGUCCAAGGGAUUGCACCAGGCAGUCAACGGCCUGGGAUGGUAUUACCACAAAUUCAAGAAAAAUUAUGCCAAAGCGGCCAAGUACUGGUUACAAGCCGAAGAGAUGGGGAACCCAGAUGCAUCAUACAAUCUUGGAGUCCUGUAUUUAGAUGGCAUUUUCCCAGGAGUUUCUGGAAGGAAUCAAACUUUAGCUGGUGAAUAUUUCCAUAAGGCAGCACAAGGUGGACACACCGAAGGGACCUUGUGGUGCUCCCUCUACUAUAUGACGGGCAACCUGGAAACGUUCCCCAGAGAUCCCGAGAAGGCUGUUGUCUGGGCAAAGCAUGUGGCUGAGAAAAAUGGCUACUUGGGCCACGUCAUUCGCAAAGGCCUCAAUGCCUACCUGGAGGGCGCAUGGCACGAAGCUUUGCUGUAUUAUGUUUUAGCAGCAGAAACUGGAAUUGAAGUGUCACAGACAAAUUUAGCACACAUCUGUGAGGAGAGACCAGACCUGGCCAAGAGAUACUUGGGCAUUAAUUGUGUCUGGAGAUACUAUAAUUUCUCCGUUUUUCAAAUCGAUGCUCCUUCAUUUGCAUAUUUGAAAAUGGGAGACCUCUACUACUACGGCCACCAUAACCAGUCCCGAGACUUUGAGUUGUGUGUACAGAUGUAUGCCCAAGCUGCCCUGGAUGGAGACUCCCAGGGAUUUUUUAACCUGGCCCUGCUAAUUGAGGAAGGUGCUAUAAUCCCAGGCCACAUUUGGGAUUUCUUGGAAAUUGACCCAACCAUACAUUCUAAUAACAUCUCCAUCCUCCGGGAACUGUAUGAAAGGUGCUGGAACCAUGGGCACGAGGAGUCCUUCAGUCCCUGCUCCUUGGCCUUGCUCUACCUUCACUUGCGGCUUAUCUGGGGUGCCGUCUUGCACUCUGCCCUGAUCUACUUUCUGGGGACCUUUCUGCUGUCCGUAUUGAUCGCCUGGAUGGUGCAGUAUUUCCAGUCUGUCUCAGCCAGCAGCUCCCCUCGGACACCAGCCCAGGCCUCCCUCGAGCCUGCUGCUUCCGUGCCAAGUCCAGCUGUGACCCCAGCUGCAGAAGCCUCAGAUCAGGGCCUACCCACAGUCACUAAUAACCCGGAACCACGUGGAUGAACUGUGUGCUCCUGGUCUCCAGAUGACACAGCAUCCUUUCAACAGCUGGUAUCGGAGAGCUGGAGCCAGAGCAUUGUACUGAUAAAUACCUUAACAUGUCUUGUCAACUGGAUGUGAAUUUUGCACUUGUUGUCAUUUAUUCUUUUCAAUCAAAUUAUUAGGAAGUGCCCAGAGCAGACAGGGGUCAUGCCAAAAUUUAUCAAACAAACGAGGAAUGACCUGGUCAUGGAGCAUGGGGGGAGGUUGGCUGGGUCCUUGCAGAUUUUCGUUCCUGGUGAGUGUGUGUAUUGGGUUUCAUAGUUUGACCUGCUCCUUAUACAUUGCGAUGUAUUUUAAGAAUCUUAAUCCCUUGUCCAUUCCCGUUUAUUAGAGAACAGAAAAUCGUGGCUUCUCAGCAAGGUAGAUAAUAUUUGGUAUGCAGGUUUGCCACAGUCCUGUUCCUCAAAGCACAAUUGACAGAUUUCUUUGACUUCCAAACUCAGCAGUGAUAAGGCACCUUGAAAUAAAUAGGGCGUGGCUGGAAAUGCAGGGAAGGCGAUGGCUUUGUAAAUUGGUUUACCUUUUUCUCCUUGAAUUUUUCUAGGGCCAAAGUGCUUCUGAAUCAUUUAAUGGCAUUGUUGGAUGUCAUUUACUUUUCAACUGUAAUCCAUAAAAUAACAUUUAGAAACUUCUUAAUAUUUAAGUGUAGUCUUCUCCAUGAAUUACCCAUUAAUAUAGACUGGCAGCAGUGGAAUAAGCAGAAAACAAGUCUUUAUCUCACAGUCUCAUCCCCACCCCCUAUGCCUGCCUGAGUCUGUGUAGGAGUGUGUGUGUGUGUGUGUGUGUGUAAGGGGGAGAGGAAGGGUAGAUAUGUCUGUACACUGUUUGCUGCUAAGGUAGUAAAAUAAUCAGUAAUGCAAUAUUGUGGGUCCAAAGUACUCUUUGCACUACUUUAUUUACAGUAGUAAAUAAAAUUAUUUUUCUACA